AUGUCGUCCGACUACAGCUAUGACGAGCAUGGCACUUUCUACCCCUUCUUCCUCUUUACAAUUACUGGCGUCGUCACGCUUCCCUUGACUUACAGCCUUUUGCGCCCCAGCACCGACGCCGCCGCCCUCGCGCCCAGGAUAAAAAGCGACUACAAGUCGGAGCACCAUGCCGUCGUCGACGCUCAGCGUGCUUCGCUGAAGCGCAAGCAGCGCAGGGUCAAGCGCGCCAUCGCCGUCAUCCUCGGCUGGGCCAUCAUGGGCCUCAUGUUUUACCUCGUCCUCACCACCCAAGCUACCGUCGCCAAGAUAUGGAAUCCCUACGACAUUCUCGGAAUACCCGAUUCCUACUCGGAAAAGCAAAUCAAGUCCCACUACAAGAAGCUGUCGCUCAAGUUCCAUCCCGACAAGGUCAAGCCCGACCCUGCCAAGAAUGAGACCCUCGAGAUGCUCAAUGACAAGUAUGUCGAAUUGACGAAAGCUUACCAAGCUCUCACCGACGAAGAGGUUCGCAACAAUUACAUCCAGUACGGCCACCCCGAUGGCAAGCAAGGUUUCAGCAUUGGUAUCGCCUUGCCCAAGUUCAUUGUGUCCGAUGGCAACGGCAAGUAUGUUGUUCUGGUCUAUGGUCUGCUCCUCGGCGUGCUUCUUCCCUACCUGGUUGGUUCCUGGUGGUACGGCACUCAGCGAAUGUCCAAGGAGGGCGUCCUGAUUGAUAGUGCUGGCCGUCUGUUCCGCGAGUACGAGGACAGCGACGAAGAGGGUCGUCUCAUUGCUGCUCUCAGCACCGGAAAGGAGUUUGAGGAAAAGCUCAAGGGUCAAAAUGCCGAAUCUGGUCUCUCUAAGAUUGAGUCGAGAAUUCAGGCUGCUGGUAUACUAUCUACAAAGGAUCAAGAGAAGCUGGAGAGUCUCGACGGAGUGAGAAGAAAGGUCCUCGCCCUCUUGUGGGCUUACCUCGGUCGCGUGGAUCUCGACGAUCAAGCUCUUGAAAACGCCAAGUACAUGGUUGCCCCGAUUGCUGUCGCGCUUGCGCAGUCAUACAAUGCCAUUGCGCUCGCAUACGGCAACACCAAGGCCAUUCUGUCAUCCUACACUACUACGCAACGACUGAUCCAGGCAGUGCCACCAAAGGCAUCGCCGCUCCUCCAACUCCCUCACUUUACUCCUGAAAUCGUCUCGGCUGUCGAGGGCGCAUCCAAGACCCACAUGACCGUCCAACAGUUCAUGGAUCAGCCUGACGCACAACGUCGCAGUCUUGCCGUGGGCAAGGGCCUUUUGUCGCCGGAUCAGUACAAAGAGGCUGUCCAUGUUGCCACUCAACUGCCACGCUUUGCUGUUGCCAAGGCCUUCUUCAAGGUUACUGGUGAAAAGUACAUCAUCCCUUCUUCUCUGGUCAGCUUGGUCGUAAAGGGAAGAAUCGUUCCUCCCGGCAGCACCAAUGUUCCCGCCGUCAAGGAGGCAGAUCUCGAGGACCCCGACCCGGUUGAGGGUGACCUCAAGGCUCUCAAGAAGGAUGAGGAGGGCGAGAGAGUUCUUCCUCCCUUGGCUUUCGCUCCCCGUUACGCUCGAAACCACUCCCCCCGGUGGCACAUUUUCUUGACCGACAGCAAGCAAGGCAAGAUGGCUGUUCCUCCCUUUACCUUUACCACGUUUGACAAGCCCAUCUUUGACGCCGACGGAAAACCCACUUUCAACAUGCAGACUCUCAAGGCACAAUUCGCUGCCCCUCCUGGCCCUGGUCACUACACAUUCGUUAUGCACGUCAUUUGCGAUGCUUAUGUUGGAUUUGACACCAAGCUCGAGGUGACCUUGGUGGUUGACGAUGCUGCCAAGGCUACUCAGGCCGCAGAGGAGGACGACAUUAGCGAGCCGGAAGAAGAUUCCCUCGCCGGUCAAAUGAAUGUUCUGCGCGGCAACGGAGCACCUACAAAGCCUAGAAAGGCAUCUGAUUCGGACGAAGACGAGGAGAGUGGCACAGAUGAAGAGGUGGACGACACCAGCGAUACCAAUACCGACACCGAGGAUGAGUCGUGA